AUGGUUUACCUACGACACAGCCAGCUACCGGCGCUGAAGGAGUACAAGUACUCCGCGGUCGACCGAUCCCUAACCUCAAAAUACAUCCUCAAGCCGUUCUACAACAACUUUGUCAUCAAACUCUUUCCUAUGAGCAUGGCGCCGAAUCUCAUCACUCUGACGGGGUUUUCCUUCAUUGUCACCAACGUAUUGACGCUGUUAUGGUACAACCCAACUCUUGACAAGGACUGUCCUGCCUGGGUCUACUUCAGCUGGGCUCUGGGCCUUUUCCUGUACCAGACUUUCGAUGCCGUUGACGGCGCUCAGGCACGCCGGACCAAGCAGUCCGGGCCCCUUGGCGAGCUCUUUGACCACGGCGUGGAUGCUCUCAACACAAGUCUCGAGGUUCUUAUUUUUGCUGGCUCUCAAAACAUGGGACAAGGCUGGAAGACUGUCGCGACACUGUUUGCCGCAUUGCUCACGUUUUACGUCCAGACCUGGGACGAGUAUCACACCAAGACGCUUACUCUGGGCAUCGUCAACGGCCCCGUGGAAGGUGUUUUGAUUUUGGUUGCCGUCUACACUCUUACCGGCUUGUUCGGCGGAGCCCACAUUUGGCAGCAGAGCAUGCUUCAGACCCUUGGCAUUCCGCAGGCCCUCGGCAUCCCCAAGGUUGUAUACGACCUCUCCUUCACCCAGUGGUACCUGGUGCAAGGCGUCGUCGUACUGGUCCUGAACACUGUCGAGUCGUCGUUCAACGUCAUUCGAGCCCGUCACGACCGCGGCGACCGCUCCCGAGGGGCCCUCGUCGGCCUUUUGCCCUUUUUCGGCACAUGGACCCUGAUUGUCACCUACCUCUACUUGCAGCCCACCGUCCUGUACCACCAUCUGGUGCCGUUUGUGGUCUUUGCCGGCAUCGUCAACGCAUACAGCGUCGGGCAGAUGAUCACCGCCCACCUGGUCAAGCUUCCCUUCCCGUACUGGAACGUCCUGAGCGUCCCCCUGGCGUUUGGAGUCUUGGACUCGAUGGGCCCCGUUCUCCAGGAGCGGUACGGCGUCGGCUGGCCCAGCGCCCUCGGCAGCGGCGAGUACCAAGUGUCCUUUGUCUUUCUGAUCCUCGGCCUCGCCCUGGGCGUCUACGGCAGCUUUGUCGUCGACGUGAUUGUGUCCAUCUGCGACUACCUCGACAUCUGGUGCCUCACCAUCAAGCAUCCCGUUGAGGACUUUGGGCACAAAGAAGGCGAGAAGAUUCACUAG